AUGGACGGCCUUUUUACGCUGCUCAUGCUGAGCAUAGUGAUGGCCUUGGCCUCUUUUCUCGCCGGAAUAUUACCUUUGUCCCUAAAAUUAUCGCAGUCUCGAUUGAGACUGAUUUCUACGAUCGGCAUGGGUGUCCUCGUUGGGACCUCCCUGGUAGUCAUCAUCCCAGAGGGAGUGGAAACCCUUUACAGCGCUUCUGAAGUUGGUCAUGGCGCGCAUACGUCCCAUCAACGGCGCAUGCACGCUCGGGGUGUCGAUGUUCACUGGAUGAACGAAAAUCUCUAUCCCUCUACUCGGGUUCUUGCUCCUCGCAGCGCGGGUGACAGUGCCAACGCUUUUAACGUCCCUGGCCCCGUCAUUCCCGCAACAAUAGACGACCCUCCCCGAACCCCUACGAAUCCAGGUGUUGUUGGUAUCAUGGACACAGGCAACGUUAACAGCAAUAGCAAAGAGGGGGAGAAACACAAUGAAUCCGAACACGCAUGGAUCGGGAUCGCAUUGCUGACUGGCUUCAUGCUGAUGUACCUGGUGGAUAAGGUGCCCCAAUACACACAACCCCCAAAACCCAAGACGAGGACACACCACAUUGCCCUCAACAACCUUGGGCGCAGGUUUAAUCUGACGACUUCGUUGGACCGAGACGACGAAGCCGAGUCGUUCCUCGAGUCAUCUGAAGGCUCAAACGUGCAAAACCGCAGCUUUGCAACGACAAUCGGCUUGGUCAUACAUGCGGCAGCUGAUGGGAUCGCUCUUGGUGCAUCAUCAACAGCUACAAAUUCAGGCUUGAGCUUUGUGAUAUUUUUCGCAAUCAUGCUUCAUAAGGCGCCAGCUGCUUUCGGCCUGACUUCUGUUUUGGUAAAGCAAGGCCUCUCCAAGCGGGUGGCACGGGGCCAUCUAGUGCUGUUCAGUCUGGCAGCGCCUACGGGUGCGAUAGUCACUUGGCUGCUUGCAAAUAUAUUGGGUGGAGGAUCUGGCACUCGAAGCCCGGAAACCACCAGAUGGUGGACAGGCAUGCUGCUGCUUUUCUCGGCAGGCACGUUUCUCUAUGUGGCCAUGCAUUCAAUGCAAGAAGCGUCGACUUCUCAUCAUCAGACCACGAUGAAUGGGCAGGCGAACGGCUACGGUGAGGGGCGAGAUGGCAACGCACAAAUCGAACAGCAAAAGGCAUCGUGGAAAGAUUUGGCGGCGGCAUGUUUCGGCAUGAUCUUACCUAUAUUUCUGCAAGUUGGUCAUGCACAUUGA